AUGGAUUCUGUAUCAAAUUUAAUUGGGAAUUUAUUAUCAAUUGAAGAUACUGCCAAAGAAGAUAAUGAUAGAUCCAAAUUAAGAAAAGCUGCUAAAAGACAUAUAUCAAUUGAUUUGGAGAAUUUCACAUCAUUUUGGAAACGUGAUGCAACACAGGAAAGCAAUAAUCCAAUUCCUUCAAAUAAUGGAUUAAACACAAAUAAUACUCCUGGUGGAUCUGGUUCUGCAGCUGGGUCAAAUGAUACAUUAACACUGGGAGGUGAGCCUACAAGUACAAUCAUGUCAAAUACUUCUUCAUACUCCACAUAUCUAGGAACAGCGGCAGCAGCUGCUGCUUCCACAUCAUCAUCACAAUUCCUAUCUGACAAAUUAAUGGAAAAAGUAUUAUCAAUAAUGGGAUCAAAUGAAACCAUGGAUGAACAUGAAUCAAAAAUCUUAUCAUAUCGAGCAGAAGCUCUGAAACUGAGACCAGGAUUAAGUCUUGCCAUCAUGCAAAAACAUUCAAAUAUGUUACAUCAACGAAACUCGGGAACUUAUAUUUUAAUAAAUUCAAUAAUUGAUUUUUUGAAUUGGACAAAUCCAUAUUUUACCAUGGGGAUAUUAUUAAUUAUAACUCAUGUAAUAUUAAAACCUUAUUUAAUUACUAUUGUUCCGAUUGUUAAUGUAUUGGGAAAUAUUAUGAUUCCGCAUUAUUUGGUUAUAUAUCCUCCUGAUUCGACGUUUUAUCAUCAAUAUUUUGAACAAAACCCCUUGCCGGCGAAGGUUAGGGUUAAUAAAUAUAAGAUCCCCAAACCGAUUCCGGUACUUUCACAAGAAUUCGUGAUGAAUUUGACGGAUACGCAAAAUUUUAUGGAAUUUUAUAUAAAAUGUUGGGAUUAUAUGGUUUGGUUAACUAAAGAUUAUUUAUAUUUUAAGGAUGAAAAAGUUAGUUCGGCAAUAUUUAUCUCAUUGAUAAGUUUGAUGGUUUCGAGUUUAUAUUUGGUGCCCUUGGGGGUGGAUUAUUUAUUGAAACAUUUUAUUAUUGUUAAAUUAUGGGGGAUUAUUAAUAUUUGGUUGUUUGUUGUUAUGAAUCAUCCAUUGAUUAAAGGUCAAUUAUUGGAAUGGUUUUAUAGUGAACAUACAAGAUUAAAUUUCCAAAAUUAUGCCAAUAGGAUUGAAGAGAAAUUAACUCAAUCAUUAGUAGAUGAUCAACAAGAUCAGAAAACUAUGGACUUGUAUAAAUUAUUUCAUCAAGAUUUAGAAGAAACUAAUAACAACAGUACUCAAGAUGUUGAAAUGUUUGGAUAUCCUACCACGGUUGAGAUUUAUGAAUUACAAAAAUUAGAUCGUAGAACUAAGAUAUGGAGAUUAGUGGGGUUUACACCGAAUUUUUAUACCACGAAUACUGCAACUAGAAGAUUUAAUCUGGCGAUUAUAUCUCAAUUAGAAAUGAAUAAUGAAACAAUUGAUGAUUUUUAUGAUGAUUAUUAUAAUAAUAACGAUGAUGAGACCAAUAAUCAAUAUUCAGAAUUACCAUUCAAAAGACUACCCAAAAAGGAAUCAUUAUCAGAAAUUAAACCACCCAAGAAUUAUACAUUUGUCCCAGGAAGUAAAUGGAAAUUAGAUUAUGAAACUAAUAAAUGGGUUGAAGAAAACUUGAUUAAAGAUUUGGUUAUAAUUGAUGAUGAUGAAAAAUGGGCUUAUGAUGCAAUACCUGCAAUGUUUGAUAAUGAAGAUGGGACUAAUUCUGAUGUGAAUGAUUAUAUACCUAGACAAUAUUAUAGGAGAAGAAGAUGGAUAAGAGAUAUCAUAAGAGAAUCUAAUAAUAAUAAUAAUAAAAGACAUUAG